GGAGCAGACUGUCAUGCUGUCUCUCCCAUUUUCCACGGUUCCUCGGAGGUGAAAGAACUCUGGCGAGAGACUCUCCGAGGACAGAGCCAAAGCCCCCCGGGAGUGGAAUUCACCCCUGGACAGCCAGCCGCAACGCCGAUGAAACUACUCAGCAUCCACGAUGCUUCAAAAACACUAAAUGCCAAUAAUAUGGAGACACUAAUUGAAUGUCAGUCAGAGGGUGAUAUCAAGGAGCACCCCCUAUUGGCAUCAUGUGAGAGUGAAGAUAACAUUUGCCAGUUCAUUGAAGUUAAGAAGAGGAAGAAGGUGCUGUCCUGGCCCUUUCUCAUGAGGAGGCUCUCCCCGUCCUCAGAUUUUUCUGGAGCUUUAGAGCCAGAAUUGAAAGAGUCACUAUUUGAUCAGCCCUUGUCCAUUAUCUGUGGUGAAAACAACACACUCCCCAGGCCUAUUCAGGAUAUUCUCACUAUUCUCUGCCUUAAAGGCCCCUCCACUGAAGGCAUAUUCAGGAAGGCAGCCAACGAGAAGGCUCGCAAAGAGCUGAAGGAGGAGCUCAACUGUGGAGUCACAGUGGACCUGGAGGGGCUCCCUGUGCACCUGCUGGCUGCGGUCUUUAAGGACUUCCUCAGGAGCAUCCCGCUGAAACUUCUCUCCACUGACCUCUUUGAGGAGUGGAUGGGUGCGCUGGAGACGCAGGACGAGGAGGAGAGGAUCGAGGCUCUGAAACAGGUUGCAGAGAAGCUCCCUCGGCCCAAUCUCCUGCUGCUAAAGCACCUGGUAUACGUCCUGCACCUGAUUAGCAAGAACUGCGAGGUCAGCAAGAUGGACUCCAGCAACCUGGCCAUCUGCAUCGGGCCCAACGUGCUCACACUGGACAAUGACCAGCACUUGUCUUUUGAAGCCCAGAAAGACUUGAACAAUAAGGUGAAGACAUUGGUGGAAUUCCUCAUCGAUAACUGCUUUGAAAUAUUUGGGGAGAACAUUCCAGUGCAUUCUAGUGUCACCUCUGAUGAUUCUGUAGAACACACUGACAGUUCAGACGUGUCAACCCUGCAGAAUGACUCAGCCUAUGACAGCAAUGAUCCUGAUGUCGAGUCCAACAGCAACAGCACCAUCAACUCUCCCAGCGGGCAGCCCCAGGGGCCCACUGCUGUGUCCACUGGCUUACUGGACAGGGGGCAGUGGGACGUCUGUGAGCCAAGCCCGGAGCCCAUUGCAAGCACAGUAGCCAGGCUGAAAGGCCGCCUCAGCCAGCCGGACAGGAGGUACUCAGAGCCCAGCUUGUCAUCCUCACCAGAGAGCCUCCAAAACCAGACAACUACCCAAACCCUAACGAACAGUGAGGGCGACCUCCCUACGCCUCACGCGGGCUCUUAUUUGGAAAGUGAGGAAGCUGAAGAAGACCCAUUCCCAGAGGAGGUCUUCCCUGCAACACAUGGCAAAACCAAGAGGCCAGUGGACCUGAAGAUCAAGAACUUGACCCAGGGCCUAGCCUUACCACGGGGACUGGUCCCCAAAGCCCUCUCCAGUGGCUCCCUAGACGGUUGCUCAGACAGCUCACCUGCAGCUUCUCCUUCAAGCCCCAAAAGAAAUUUCUUCACCAGGCAUCAGUCUUUCUCCACAAAGAUUGAAAAAUGCAAACCCAACAGAGAAAUUAAAAAACACUCCAUGUCCUUCUCCUUUGCCUCUCACAAAAAAGUGCUGACCAAAACCCCCAGCUUCGGGAAAACCCACGGCUCUACCACAGAUCAAGCCAGGAAAGGUUCUAAAAGAGAAAGCCAGCUUGCCGGCCGGGUAGUGCAGGACGACGGGGCUGACACCCACAGCCCUAGCGCCCUGGGCUGCGGACUGAGGUCCUGCGUGCUGUCGGUGGACGAUGUGUUCCAGCUGGUGGACCCGGGUGGUCCCGCGAGCCCGCCCUCUUAUGAAGAGGCCAUGCGGUGCCAGGCUUGGGAACCUGCUGCCUACGGGAGCCAGACAGUGGGCAGCAUGAGGGCAAGAGCGCUCAGUGGGCACCUCAUUCUGCCACCUCUUCUCCCAUCUGACCACAGAGGGGACUCAAGAGACAAAUGCAGUGGGGAGCCCCUUCCUGGGCACAGACUGUCAGCCUUGACCAUGGGUUGGGCACACAGUAGGACCAUCAGUGCUUCUGUGGAAACUCUGGGGCACGUGGCUGUCCCAGGCAGACCUGAGCUGCCCCGGCUGAGGACCGUGGCCGAGGCUGUGCAGAAGAAUGAGAGGGACUAUCUCGUGCGACGCUGUAGCCAGCCCAUCUUUGAGGCUGACCAGCUCCAAUGUGCUAAGGAAUCCUACAUUUAGGCCAUGCCUUAGCCCGUGCCAUCUCUGUACAGACAGGGCCGUGGGAAGAACAGCUACAGUUCCCUGCUGAAAGGUCGUGAAUAAGCUCCUUUAGAAAGGGCUGGAGAGCCCUCCUCGGUGGGGACAGCCACACCAUGGUCAUGGAGCACCAGAUGGUGUCUAUGUGUGCUCCUGGAUUUGUGCAAUAUGUAACAAAUGUAUAAAAUGUAUGAUAGCCAGGGUGCUAGGGCCCAGAAGGGCGCAUAGAGCCCUGUGUACUUGGCUUUUCCACAGUAAAGUCCAUUGCUGUUCUCUCCUCCUGGGGUACUUUUCUCCUGGUUACUGUUUAAAAAUCAUUUUUGCUUUUUGAACGUUGCCUCAAAUGUCAUGCUAAUUUUCACAUUUGCCGCAAAUUCCGUUUAGGGAGAAAUGCUUAAAACUCU